CGCUGCUGCUACGUGUUUCACUAGUUUCAGGCUUUAUUUUAAAGAUAGCUCUUGCGGUUUUUGACCACUGCUGCGCUCAAAACGAAACCGGAAGUUGUUCGCAGUGAGUCCUCUCGACUCGGGUAGUUAUGACACACAGCAGCAGCAGCAUCAGCAGCAGCAGCGCCUUCCAGAAGUUUCUACGAUCGGGUUUUUCGGCUCGGCGGCGUCAACCGGCCCCUCGGGUAGGAGCCUGUCUUCGUGUGCCGUGCAGUUGAAGUUAAAUGACAGUUUCCUCCCGCACCCCCAGAGACCAGUAGGACGUUGUCAAACGGACCGUGACACACACGAAGCGAGGGAAGCUAACCUUGACCGUUAGCCGGCCGGCUACCGCGAGCCGGCUACCGUGAGCCCGCUGACAGACCCCGCUGGACAUGCGGGCUGUGUUGCUGUCGGCGCUGAGCAGGAACUGAACCGUCCGGGACGGCCCGACCAUGUCCGUGUGAAGUGGAGGAAGCGAGGUUGUUGACAUGGGUAAAGAUUACUACAAAGUGCUAGGAAUAGCCAAAGGUGCCACGGAAGAGGAGAUAAAAAAGGCGUACAGAAAACAGGCCUUGCGCUUUCAUCCCGACAAAAACAAGUCACCCGGAGCGGAAGAUAAAUUCAAAGAGAUCGCCGAAGCCUACGAUGUCCUCAGUGACGCCAAGAAGAAGGACAUUUACGAUCGCUUCGGGGAAGAAGGAUUAAAGGGUUCAGCCGGUGGUGGCGGUGGCGGUGGAGGACACGGUGGUCAAAGCUACAACUACACCUUCCAUGGAGACCCUCAUGCAAUGUUUGCAGAGUUCUUUGGUGGCCGCAGCCCUUUUGAUCAUUUCUUUGCACAAAAUGGGGAGGAGAACAUGAACAUCAACGACCCCUUUGCGCCAUUUGGCAUGGGAAGGAUGGGUGGCAUGGGCGGGUUUCAAAGGUCCUUUAAAUCCCACCCGGGAGUUCCUCACAGAGCACACGAGAGGAAGAAGGACCCGCCCGUGAUGCACGAACUGAAGGUGAGCCUGGAGGAGGUUUUCUCCGGCUGCACCAAAAAGAUGAAGAUUUCCCGCAAGAGACUGAACCCGGACGGCUGCACAAUGCGUAACGAAGACAAGAUUUUAACAGUCGACAUUAAGCGCGGCUGGAAGGAGGGGACGAAAAUCACCUUCCCAAAGGAGGGAGAUGAAACUCCCAGCAACAUUCCUGCAGACGUGGUGUUUGUAGUUAAAGAUAAACCCCACCCAGUGUUCAGAAGAGAGGGCUCGGAUAUAAUCUAUCCUGCAAAGAUAUCACUCAGAGAAGCGUUGUGUGGAUGCACAGUCAACGCCCCGACAUUAGACGGCCGCACCAUCACUGUGACCUCCAGAGACGUUGUCAAACCUGGAAUGAAAAAGCGAAUUUCCGGAGAAGGUCUCCCGAUAUCCAAGUGCCCCGAGAAGAGGGGCGACAUGAUCCUGGACUUCACGGUGAAAUUUCCCGACAAACUGGGCCAAAGCACACGAGAUGCACUCAAGCAGAUCCUUCCACCGUGACUUGAAGUGAUAAGUUUGCCUCAAACAUCUAAAAGUUGAAGGAACAGUGUGUAGCAUUUCGGGGGAUCUACUGGCAGAAAGUACGCUUUCUUUUAGUGCAUAAUCAAUAAACAUUAAUGGCCCUAUAUGGGGACAUUCUUGCUCUUGUAAGAAGUUUCAGUUGUAUGCAAUCUGCAACCUCACCGCUAGAUGCCGCCAAAUCCUUCACACUCUACCUAAACACACUUCCAGCAACACACUCUUCUGGACGAUUGAGGCUCAGGGGAAGAUUUGGUUUCAGUUGAAUUUAAUUGUACCUUCUGAACACCAAAUCGUGUUUUCUCACCCAACAUUUAGUCAGUUGGAGGACAUUAAGACUCUGAAACUGAGUGAGUAUCAGUGUUAAGUAACAGAUUGAAGGAGGAAAAGUAAAUGGUGUAAUGUUUGUAGUGUGUGUGUGUAUAGAGAUGAGGACACGAGGUGUCAUGUGAUGGUUUAAGAGGGAGAACCAGAGUAUUUUUAGGUUCACUUUGAAAUGUAAUAUAGUAACUGGGGAUUUGUUUUCGCAGCAGCAGUUUUUGAGAGCGCUUUAAGGGAGGACGCAGCCAGCUAAUUAACAAUACCUCAGGUGCAGUGACGCAUGCUUGAAUGUAGUUUUAACUACGUUACUCAACAGGACGUGAUUAUUCUUUCUUCUACAGUGUAGAUCCUGAGAGGUGAAAACAUUGGAUCUGACUUCAUGAAGCCAGAUGUUUCUUAAAUAUACUUUCCUUGUCAAUUCAGCGUUUCGGUUAUCUACGCUCAUCGUCACGGCUAUCUGCCAGUUUUUAGGGGACGCGGUCUCACAAACUGACUCGGAAGAAUAUCAUUACAAUAUGCACACUGCUGAAAAAUUAUUGUAAGAAUGAUCCCUGUGAGUUCCAGAUAAUUAAUUUAGGAAGAGAGCACUGAUAAGUACUUUUGCGCCGUCAGAUUUCUGAGUCUAUGUAUAGAAUUGCUUGCGGCAGAGGACACCUUCAGAUUGGUUUAUACCUGGUGUUUAAGAUGGCACACCUUGCAAAAAGUUUGCUUUUACAAAACCUUUUCAUCUGGGAGUACAGAGCCUAUUACUUAUGUAAAAAUAACUGUCGGGAGACUUUUUGUGCCAAAUAAUUGUCCCCAUAUAAUAAUAAUAUAUGCGUGUGUGCGUCUACAAGUAUGUUGAGAGCAUGGAUGUAUCCUGUUAUGUGUGUCUUACAAACUACCAAAAGCUAUUUACUGCAUUCGGACCCUUUGAGGGUGCUUAAUGUACAAUUAGUGUGAUAUUCCAGUUCCCUAUUACUAUGUCUGUUUGACUGCUUAAAGUCAGUACUUUCUUUGCCCAACAUGGUAUAUGGCAAUAGUGCAUAUACUGAGAUGUAAAAAAAAAAAAAAAGUCUAAAGGCCGACUGAAUAUAUUUUUGUUUCUUAUGUCUUCUAGCUCUUACCCGUCACAAUUCUCUCUGAGAUGUACAGCAUCUGGAAAUGUGUAGUUCCACAGUAAAGUAAAGGAAUCCUAAAAUAUAUAUUUAACUCUUAUUCUGCUUUGUGCACCUUUUUGACCAUCGAGAUGAUAGACGGUCAGUUAGUUAAUUUUCACAUUUGAAGUAUUUUAGGUUUUCUCCUGCUGGAGUUUAAAUUUUCUAACGUGAUUUAACAUGAAAUGUAGAGAUGUGUAAUCUCUUGUAAUGUGUAAAAAAAAAAGUUGUUUAAAAAAAGAAAAGAUAUAUUUCUUUAUGCAAACGUUUUCCUUUUUUAAGGGAAAAGGGUGCAAGUAUUAUCUUGUUUCACCUGUUUGUUGUUUUGAAAUGCCUCAGGUUAGGAUUCAAGAUAUUUUGAUUUUUAAAAACAAAGCUUUUAUGAAUUGAUAUGACAUUUUUAAUAGAUUCUUCCUAUGCUGUGAUGAUUUGCAUUUCCACAUUAAAGAGACUGGCGAAUAUCUACCCAAUCA